UACGAUCUACUUUGAAUUAAACAAACAAAUUUGGCGGCGACAGAUAAGGUUUGGUUUUGCAAAUAAAUUUUAAGCAAUAUAUUUUAAAAUUCGGAAACAUGCAACGAGGUAUUCAAUCCUAUUUCAAUAAAGUUUCUACGAAAAAAACUGAACCUACUACAUCAACCACCAAGAGAAAGGCUCUUGUCAUAUCCAGCGAUGAAGAAAAAAGUCCAACCAAAUCUUCCAACUCCACACCGAAUAAAAAACAGAAAAUUUCAAAAACGUCCGAGCAAUUCAAAUCAAAAGAUGCCCAAGCAAAACCAGGAAAAUCUCUUAAGCCCGCUGAUGUCUUAGCUUUGUUUGGUGGUGAAACUACUCGCGAAACUAAGAAGCAACCCAAAUCAAGUAACAAAGGCAAUAGCAGCGUCGAAGACACUAGUCCUCCAAAAAGUACAUCACAAAUAUCAAAAUCUAUCUCGCCCGUCGACGUCGCUUCUAAUCAUAAACACGAUGUCGAUAAUAUAACCACUAAGGCAAGUUCCAAAAAGCCAGCUUUGUCACAGCUUAUUAACGAAAUUGAUAAACCAGACAAAGUAUCAAUACAGAAAAAGAAACUAACAGAGGAUAAUCCGAAGGAGUCAGAGUCUCCUGGAAUUGAGGAGACAUCAACAUCAAAGCAAAGGUCUCGAAUUAAAACUGAAGAUGAAGACAAACAUGAGAAAAAAUCUGCUCCAAAUAAGCAAUUGAACCGAUCCAUUAAGAAGGAGAACUCUUCGAAUUCAUCGGAAAUAAAUACGUCUUUCAAGGAGAGUAAACAAUCGGAAUUAGAAUCUAGUAUUCUUUCUGAUGAGGAGAGGUUUGAGCGUAAACGUAUGGCUGCGGUUCUUUACCAGAAAUAUAAAAACAGGCAGUCUGUGAUCAACCCUGGCAGUAAGGAAAUUCCAAAAGGAAAACCAAAUUGCCUAUCAGGAUUAUCGUUUCUUGUUACCGGAAUUCUUGAAUCUAUCGAACGCGACGAGGCUAAUUCAAUUAUUAAGGAACUUGGAGGAAAAGUUUCUUCCACUGUCGGUAAACGACUUAAUUACAUUAUUGCUGGUGAAGAAGCUGGUCCAAAAAAACUUGCAGAUGCCGAAGCUCUUGGAAUCCCUCUUUUGAAUGUUGAUGAAUUUUUUAAUUUGAUAAGAGAAAAAUCCGGUGAAAAAGUCAAAUCGGAAAAAGAUGUAACUGAAUCCAAAACAUCAGACAAAACGAAGAAAACUCCGACUAAGCGCAAACAUGAUGAAUUAAAAAUAAGCCCAGUAAAGAUCAAGAAGGAAUCGGAGGUUGUCGAGAGUAAAGUUUCAGCAAAUAUUAAGAAAACAAAUACAGCUUCGAGUGAAAUUAAAAUAGAAGAUAAAACCAGUGUCAAGAAGGAGGAAAUUGUGGAAGCUAAACCUGAAGCAAAAGUUGUUUCCGAAAACAAUAUUGCAUGGGUAGAUAAAUAUAAACCGACUUCUGUUAAACUUAUAAUUGGUCAACAAGGACCGGCAAGCAAUUGCUCGAAGCUUAUAAAUUGGUUAACCAAAUGGCAUACGAAUCAUAGUGGUUCUGGUGCAAAAAAAUUGCAAAAACCAAACCCAUGGGCUAAAAACGAUGAUGGGAGUUAUUAUAAAGCAGCUCUACUUUCUGGACCUCCAGGAGUAGGUAAAACGACUACUGCUACUCUAGUUUGUAAAGAACUUGGGUUUGAUAUCAUAGAGUUCAACGCAUCAGACACACGCAGUAAGCGGCUUCUUAAAGAAGAAGUGUCUGAACUUUUGUCGAACAAAUCUUUGCAUGGUUAUUUUUCUGGAAAUACUAAUGUUGUAUCCAAGAAACAUGUCCUCAUAAUGGAUGAAGUUGAUGGAAUGGCAGGCAAUGAAGAUCGAGGAGGCAUUCAAGAACUGAUAUUACUUAUCAAAGAAGCACAUGUACCUAUAAUUUGCAUGUGCAAUGAUCGUAACCAUCAAAAAAUGCGUUCACUCGUAAAUUACUGCUAUGAUUUGAGGUUUAAUAGACCGCGCUUGGAACAAAUUAAAGGUUUUAUGAGGAGCAUUUGUUUUAAAGAGAAGAUCAAGAUAAGCCCAGAGAAAAUUGAUGAGAUUAUUCUAGCAACUAACAAUGAUAUUCGACAGUCAGUGAAUCAUAUUUGUUUGUUAAGUUCAGGGGAAAAUAUAGAAAAUAAAACCAAGGACGCAAGAACUGCACAAAAAGAUCUUAAAAUGGGUCCAUGGGAGGUUGUACGUAAAGUUUUCUCGGCGGAAGAGCAUAAAACAAUGUCUUUGGCAGAUAAAGCAGAUCUCUUCUUCCACGACUACAGCAUGGCGCCUCUUUUUGUUCAACAAAACUAUCUGGCGGUAUCACCUAGUGGUCCAAAGUCAGAAGUCCUUAAAAAAGUUGCAUUGACUGCUGAUGCAUUAUCCUUAGGGGAUAUGGUUGACAGACGGAUAAGAACAAAUUCAGCAUGGACUUUAUUACCAGUGCAAGCUGUAUUAAGCUCUGUUCUGCCAGGCGAUUAUAUGGAAGGUCAUUUCACCGGACAGAUAAACUUUCCUGGCUGGUUGGGAAAAUAUUCCAGAAGCAAUAAACGCAGCCGACUAGCUCAGGAGAUUCAUGAUCACACAAGAAUUCGAACAUCUGGUUCUCGCCUUUCUAUUCGCAUGGACUACGCACCAUUUCUUCUGUCGAAUAUUGUGCGGCCAUUGAGGGAUCUUGGAUUAGAGGGUGUCGAAGAGAGUUUGAAAGUACUUCAAGAAUAUCGACUUUUAAGAGAGGAUAUAGAUUCGCUUAUCGAACUAACUACAUGGCCGGGAAAAAAGAGCGUUAUGGAUGCCGUUGACGGCCGAGUAAAGGCAGCUCUGACAAGAUCAUACAACAAAGAAAUUCUCCCCUAUUCAUAUUCCGCAGUAACAAGUGUCAAAAAGAAAAAAGCUGAUAAUGAGGAUGAUAUGUUGGGAGUGCUGGAUACAGAAGAAGGUGAAACGGUAGCAGUUGAAUCUGAAGAAGAAGACAAUAGUCUAGAUAAUGAUAAUCUCAUCAAAGCCAAGAAAAAGCCUACUCCAUCGACAUCUAAAUCAUCUAAGAAGACAAAUGUUCCUACAAAACCAAAGACUGCAGGAAAGUCGAAAAAAUAAUUUAAGAAUUUAUGAGACACCUAUUCUUGAUUUUAAAUCAAUCUAGGCGUUCUUAAAGUUACACUUGUUCAAAUUACAGUUAAUCAACCUAUUAUUCUUAUAUAAAUAUGUAUGUUUUUUGUUUCCCAAAAGCAACCGCUUGAUUAUUUUUCUUUUUACUUACUAUUUACCAAUUAAAGCAGUUAAUAUCAACGAAAACAAUUGUAUUUUUUUGUUAGAA